GUUUAUCGGACGCGAAUCGCUUCAGCGGAGAGUACUUGACUCCUCAAUUCAGUUUACAGUGAACAGCUGAUCGGUCUGUGCGUUGAAUUACAGUGCACGUGUCACUAGACAGAGGUUGAGUGAAGAGAGGACAAGUUUGCAGUGUCUAUGCAGAAGAAAUAUAUAUUUUUGUGCUGAAUAUGCGAUACAAUCGCGUCUUUCUUCUGUGAUUUCUUCCAAAGAUCGCUUGACUUUUUCCGUCAAGUUUUUCUUUGUACCAACAUUUUGUCCAUCGAAGGCAACGAUGUAAAGAUAAAACUGUAAAUUUUUCGCAAAAAGUGUGCUUAGUGAUCAGGCUGUAAUUAGAUUUGGCUAAAUUCAAGGUGCAAACCCAGAGAGAAGAGCUAGAAAAAGAUUGGCCGAGACGACGGAACGAGUGGAAUCCAGAGCAAAAAAGUGCCUCAAGGGAGACAAAGCAAUUGAUAAUCUCAUAGAAGAGCUACGCAGUGUGAUAUAGCUCAUAUCAGUUCAAGAGACUGCAUAAAAAGUGUACUUCGGAGCCAUCAGAGUGGAAAAUCUGCACUGCAGGGUGUUUUUUUUUUGUAGCUUCUGUGUGUAGUUUUUAAAAUAAUCUCACGAUGAACAAGGCAAAUGCGACAACAAGGAAGAGGAAUCCAGUUCGCGAUGCCAACUUCCUGAGCAAAACUUUAUUCUGGUACUUAAAAGACUUAUUCCGAAUAGGAAGUAAGCGAUCUAUAGAGGAUGGUGAUAUUUAUGAGACGCUGCAUGAGCACAAGAGUGAGGGAAUCACGCAGCUUUUCGAGAGGCUGUGGGCGGUGGAGUCGCAAAAGAAGUCCCCAACACUUCUGCGAAUAUACACUAAAGCCUAUGGAUGGUCAGUCAUAGGACUGGGUUUCCUCUUUAGCAUGUUAGAAACAGUGAUGAGAAUUACACAGCCUCUGUGCCUAGGAGGUCUAGUGACGUACUUCUCGCCAGGAGAUGAAAUAGUAUCCAAAACGGAAGCCUACAUGUAUGCAUUGGGGAUCAUUAUAUCCUCUCUGAUCCCAGUGCUUAUCUUCCAUCCCUUCAUCCUAUUCAUCUUCCAGCAGGGCAUGAAGAUUCGCGUAGGAACUUGUGCUUUGAUGUACGAGAAGGUGAUGAGAUUAUCCAAGUCUGCAGUCUUUGAUGGACUAAAUGGACAAGUUAUUAAUCUCAUGUCUAACGAUGUGGGACGAUUUGAUAUAGCGAUGGCAUUCAUUCAUGACCUGUGGAAGGGCCCAACAGAGGCAAUACUACUAGGAUACUUCAUCUAUAGGGAAAUUGGCGUUUCCGGUGUCCUGGGAAUGGCCUUCCUGCUGAGCUUCAUUCCCCUCCAAGCGUAUAUUGGAAGGAAAGCAGCCACUUUCCGGCUAAAAACUGCCAAGAGGACAGAUGUUCGGAUACGAUUUAUGAAUGAAAUCAUUCAGGGAAUUCAGGUGAUAAAGAUGUACGCGUGGGAAAAGUCAUUCGCCUCUAUGGUAGAUAAAAUAAGGAGAAAAGAGAUAAAUGCAAUUCGAGGAUCGGCUUACGUGAAAGCCACUUUCUACUGCUUUCCACUAAUCUCCAAAUUUGCCCUGUUCAUUAGCCUUAUGUCUUAUAUCUACUUCGGAAACAUCUUCACUGCCCGUAAGGUGUUCAUCGUGUCCUCCUUUUACAAUAUUCUCAACGAAUCAAUGGUGCACUUCUGGCCAAUGGCCAUCACCACAUGUGCAGAGGCUUAUAUUUCAAUCAAAAGAAUUACGGAGUUCCUUAUGAGACCCGAGGCAAAGGCGAAACCACAGGUAGAGCAUGAGGAAGACAAUGAAGCGGUUAUUGUGAAUGGAAAGACGGAGAAGGAAAUUCAAAUGAACGUAAAGAGGAAAAUGCAGACACUCACGAAGCAGUUGAAGCUCAACGGCAAGCACGAUGCUGAGCAUCUCCUUCCGCCGCGCAUAGACAAUGAAGAGGCGGAAGUUAAGGGAGUGACUCUCAAGAAUGUCACCGCUUUGUGGAGUAGUGAAAGUGAAGAUGUGAGAAAUGGGCUCAGUUCAGUGGAGCUGGAGGUGAAAGAGGAUCGGAUGUGUGCCGUUAUCGGGCCCGUGGGCUCUGGAAAGACGACACUGUUGCAGACAAUAAUUGGGGAGCUGGAAAUCGAUGAGGGAACAAUGGAAGUCAAUGGGAGAGUGAGUUAUGCUGCCCAAGAGCCGUGGCUUUUCGAAGGCAGCAUCCGGCGGAAUAUUCUGUUCGUGGAGGAGUACGACGAGCAGCGCUAUCAUGAAGUGAUAAAAGUGUGUGCCUUACAAAGGGACCUAGAUAUGUUUCCGCACGGAGAUGCCACAAUUGUGGGAGAGCGUGGUGUGAGUCUGAGCGGUGGACAGAAGGCGAGGGUGAGCUUGGCGAGAGCGAUCUACAGGCGAGCGGACAUCUAUCUUCUGGAUGAUCCUCUCUCCGCUGUGGACACUCACGUGGGAAAGCACAUCUUCGAGCGGUGCAUUCGACGAUUCCUGGCCGACAAGAUCGUCAUCCUGGUGACACACCAGCUGCAGUAUCUCAAGGAUAUCAAGCACAUUGUUCUCUUGAACGGCGGCAGGGUGGAGAUGCAAGGAUCUUACGAUGAGAUCCGACAGAGCAAUCUUGAGUCCAUUCUUUCUCUCGCUCCAGACGAGAGCCAAGAGCCACAAACACCCGUGGCGGAACAAAAGCUAAAAACCUUCCCAUCUCAGGUGGAUUUCAAAGGUCAGGAUGACUCUGUUGUGGAGGAGGAGAAAGAGACUCAAGCCAUUGGCUCUGUGAGCCUCAGUGUGUACAAGGCAUACUUCAAAACGGUGGAUAGCUUUUGCCUUAUCCUCUUUGUCUUCGCUGUCUUUGUUCUUACUCAAGUCGCUAUUAGUGGAACCGAUUACUUCGUGGCUCAGUGGGUUAACUGGGAGGAAUCUCUUGUGCAGAAUCAAGUGCAAAAUGAAAGCAAUGCAACAGACAUUCUAAGUACCAUAAUUGCAAAUGUGACUGAACUGUCGGGAAAUAGCACUGACGAUGUGGCAGUUGUUCCCAUAUCUACAGAAGAGGAGUCCAUGAGGCAGAUGUUUAUGAUCAUCUAUGGUUCAAUCAUGGCGAUAUUGCUGUAUUUAGUCAUUCAGAGGAGCUUUUCCUUCUUCAGAAUGUGCCUCACGGCAUCCACAAAAAUUCACGACCGCCUCUUUCGCGGCAUCACGCGGGCCACGAUGUGGUUCUUCAACAACAAUCCCUCCGGAAGAAUCCUCAAUCGAUUCUCUAAGGACAUCGGUGGAAUUGACACCAAUUUGCCAUCAAGACUCAUCGACUGCAUUAUUUUCUUCCUGGAGGUCUUCGCUGUGAUGGUGGUGGUGGGUGUGGUGAACUUUUGGAUGAUAAUCCCAACAUUGGCAAUUUCGAUUCUAUUGUAUGUCAUCAGGAGGGUUUACAUCAACACGGGGAGAAGCAUAAAGCGGCUCGAAUCGAUGACGCGCAGUCCAAUUUUCUCACAUGUGAAUGCCACACUGCAGGGAAUUUCGACCAUUCGUGCCCUCAAGGCGCAAUCCUAUCUUCAGAGGGAAUUUCAUUUGCAUCAAAAUUUGAACUCUUCAGCAUGGUUUAUGUAUAUUACCACCACGAGAUCCUUCGCAUAUUGGCUCGAUAUGGUCUGUGUGGCCUAUAUUGCCAUAGUGACGCUGAGUUUUCUCUUUCUGGACAACAGUACUCUUGGUGGAAACGUCGGCUUGGCGAUUAUGCAAGUGAACUCCUUAAUAGGAAUGUGUCAGUGGGGAAUGCGACAAACCGCAGAGUUGGAGAAUGAGAUGACUUCCGUGGAGCGCGUAUUUGAAUAUGCAGAUUUACCUUCAGAGCCGCCACUUGAGACAGCAUCAAAGUAUCGCCCUGUUGAAGGGUGGCCCAAUAGAGGAACAAUCUCCUUCAACAAUCUCUCCUUGAGGUACUCCAGUGAUAGCGAAAAAGUUCUCAAAGAUCUCAACUUCUCAAUCAAUGCAGGGGAAAAAGUGGGAAUCGUGGGACGAACAGGAGCGGGGAAGUCGUCAAUGAUCCAGGCACUCUUCCGACUGGCGCCCAUUGAGGGACGCAUCGAGAUCGACGGCGUCGACACUCAGACUCUCGGCCUCCAUGAUCUGCGCAGCAAAAUCUCCAUCAUCCCGCAGGAUCCGAUCCUGUUCUCUGGCACGCUUCGCUCGAACCUCGAUCCCUUCGAGGAGCGCAAGGACGUCGACAUCUGGAGUGCGCUGGACGGCGUGGAGCUGCGCGGGUCCGUGGCCGCGCUGGCCGGAGGCAUCGACUGCCGCAUGGCCGACGGAGGAUCCAACUUCAGCAUGGGCCAGAGGCAGCUGGUGUGCCUGGCCAGGGCCAUUCUGCGCGACAAUCGCAUCCUCGUGCUGGACGAGGCGACGGCCAAUGUGGAUCCGGAGACGGACAGACUAAUUCAGACGACAAUUCGCAGCCGAUUCGCCAACUGCACGGUGCUCACGAUCGCCCACCGACUGCACACGGUGAUGGACAGUGAUCGCGUGCUGGUGAUUGACGCAGGACGAGUAAUGGAGUUCGGCACUCCGUUUGAGCUUCUCCAGCAACCGAGAGGGCAUCUGAAAUCGCUCGUGGAGCAAACAGGACCCGCGACGUCGGCAUUGCUGACCCGUGUGGCUGAGGAGGCUUUUCUGAAGUUACAAAAUGACACGAAGAUCGCCAAGUAAUCUUCAUGAAGAGUGAAGUGAAGGAACCCAUCAGUAUUGCUAUCUCAAAAUGCAUCGCCAGUAGCUUAGAUUGAAAUUGUAUUUUGGUGAAAUUUUCAAUUGAAAUUUCAUGCAAUUUAUGCUGGAGAAUAUAGAGUGUAUUUUUUCUUGCAGAAUAA